AUGUCUCUUCCAACGCGCAAACUGGGCAAGAACGGCCCUGAAGUGACCGCCCUAGGCUACGGCCUCAUGGGCCUCUCCGCCUUCUACGGCACCGUCAAGCCGGACGAGGAGCGCUACGCGCUGCUCGACCACGUCUUCGAGUCUGGCGAACGUCACUGGGACUCGGCCGACAUGUACGGUGACAACGAGGACCUGCUGGGCCGCUGGUUCAAGCGCAACCCAGGCAAGCGUGAGCAGAUCUUCCUGGCCACCAAGUUCGCCAAUUAUAUGGACCCCAAGACGGGAGAACGGUCGGUCAGGAACGAGCCUGAGUACAUCCGCUCAGCAGUCGAGUCGAGCUUGAAGCGCCUAGGUAUUGACCAGAUUGACUUGUACUACGUCCACCGUGUACAGGAGGAUCAGCCAAUCGAGGUCACAAUGCGCGAGAUGAAGAAGCUGCAGGAUCAGGGCAAGAUCAAGUAUAUUGGCCUGAGUGAGUGCAGUGCCGAUACACUGCGAAGGGCUUGCAAGAUUGCGCACGUUGAUGCAGUGCAGAUCGAGUACUCACCUUUCACCAUGGAUAUCGAGAACCCAGCCAUCGGCCUGCUCAAGGCCUGCCGGGAGAUGGGUACCGCGACGAUCGCGUACUCGCCACUUGGCAGAGGUUUCCUUACCGGCGCGCUCAAGAGCCCCGAUGACUUCGAGCAGGGCGACUUCCGCACGUUUGCCCCGCGAUUCAACAAAGAAAACUUCCACAAGAACCUCGAAUUGGUGGAUGAGCUGAACAAGAUCGCCGAGAAGAAAGGCUGCACUUCGGGGCAGUUGGUUCUGGCAUGGUUGAUGAGCCAGGGAGAUGAUAUCAUCCCCAUCCCUGGUACCACGAGGAUCAAGAACUUCGACGAGAACAUGGGGAGCUUGAAGGUCCAAAUCAGCAAGGAGGAAGAUCAGCAGAUUCGGAAACUGAUUGAGAACGCCGAUGUCAAAGGUGAGCGGUAUCCCGCGGCCUUUGCGAAGGCACUAUUCGUGGAUACCGUCCCCGAGAAAGCCUGA